UCGCGCUGCACAUUCUCUCCUGGCGGCGGCGCCACCUGCGGCAGCGUUCGCCCGAACAUGGCGACACGGAGCAGCAGGAGGGAGUCGCGACUCCCCUUCCUAUUCACCCUGGUCGCGCUGCUGCCGCCCGGGGCUCUGGGCGCGGUGUGGACGCACACGCUGCACGGCGGCCGCGCGCCCCUGCCCCAGGACCGGGGCUUCCGCGUGGUGCAGGGCGAGCCGCGCGAGCCGGGGCUGUGGGCGCGCGGGGGGCCCCGGGGGGCGGACGAGAAGCCGCUCCGGAGGAGACGGAGCGCUGCCCUGCAGCCGGAGCCCAUCAAGGUGUACGGACAGGUUAGUCUGAAUGAUUCCCACAAUCAGAUGGUGGUGCACUGGGCCGGAGAGAAAAGCAACGUGAUCGUGGCCUUGGCCCGGGACAGCCUGGCACUGGCGAGGCCCAGGAGCAGUGAUGUGUACGUGUCUUACGACUAUGGAAAAUCAUUCAAGAGAAUUUCGGAGAAAUUGAGCUUCGGCGUGGGAAACAGCAGUGAAGCGGUGAUUGCCCAGUUCUACCACAGCCCCGCGGACAACAAGCGUUACAUCUUUGCGGACGCUUACGCCCAGUACCUCUGGAUCACGUUUGACUUCUGCAACACUAUCCAGGGCUUUUCCAUCCCGUUCCGGGCAGCUGAUCUCCUCCUGCACAGCAAGGCCUCCAACCUUCUCCUGGGCUUUGACAGGUCUCACCCCAACAAGCAGCUAUGGAAGUCCGACGAUUUUGGCCAGACCUGGAUCCUGAUUCAGGAACACGUGAAGUCCUUUUCUUGGGGCAUCGAUAUCUAUGACAAGCCAAACACCAUCUACGUGGAACGGCACGAACCCUCUGGCUACUCCACGGUUUUCCGAAGUACGGACUUCUUCCAGUCCCGGGAGAACCAGGAGGUGAUCCUGGAGGAAGUGAAGGACUUUCAGCUUCGAGACAAGUACAUGUUUGCUACAAAGGUGGUGCAUCUCUGGGGCAUUCCACAGCCAUCUUCUGUCCAGCUCUGGGUCUCCUUUGGCAGGAAGCCCAUGCGAGCAGCCCAGUUUGUUACAAGACAUCCUAUUAAUGAAUAUUACAUCGCAGAUGCGUCCGAGGACCAGGUGUUUGUGUGCGUCAGUCACAGUAACAACCGCACCAACUUAUACAUCUCGGAGGCCGAGGGGCUGAAGUUCUCCCUGUCCUUAGAGAACGUGCUCUAUUACAGCCCAGGAGGGGCAGGCGGCGACACGUUGGUGAGGUAUUUUGCAAAUGAGCCGUUCGCUGACUUCCACCGCGUGGAAGGGUUGCAAGGAGUCUACAUUGCCACUCUGAUUAACGGUUCUAUGAAUGAGGAGAACAUGAGAUCAGUCAUCACCUUUGACAAAGGGGGUACCUGGGAGUUCCUUCAGGCUCCAGCCUUCACAGGAUAUGGAGAAAAAAUCAACUGUGAGGUAGAGAUGCUUUCACCUUGUUUGGGUUUUUCAUACAAAUUUUUACCUGUCGUGCUACCCUUGACGGUUCCCAAACUCAGCACCAGGGCACCUAGGGGUGCAGCAGGGAACUCCCAGGGGCGCUCUGGGAUGAAGGAUGGGCUGUCGUGGGUUUAUAUGAUCAUGGCACUUCCUGGACCUCACUACUAUACUUGGGGAGAUCAUGGCGGCAUCAUCAUGGCCAUCGCCCAGGGCAUGGAAACCAAUGAGCUGAAAUACAGCACCAACGAAGGGGAGACCUGGAAAACGUUCAUCUUCUCUGAGAAGCCAGUGUUUGUGUACGGGCUCCUCACGGAACCUGGCGAGAAGAGCACCGUCUUCACCAUCUUUGGCUCCAACAAGGAGAAUGUCCACAACUGGCUGAUCCUCCAGGUCAAUGCCACGGAUGCCUUGGGGGUUCCCUGCACAGAGAACGACUACAAGCUGUGGUCACCGUCUGAUGAGCGGGGCAACGAGUGUUUGCUAGGACACAAGACCGUUUUCAAACGGAGGACUACCCACGCCACGUGCUUUAAUGGAGAAGACUUUGACAGGCCAGUGGUCGUGUCCAACUGCUCCUGCACGCGAGAGGACUAUGAAUGUGACUUCGGCUUCAAGAUGAGUGAAGAUUUGGCCUUAGAGGUUUGUGUUCCGGAUCCUGAGUUUUCCGGGAAGUCCUACUCUCCUCCUGUGCCUUGUCCUGUGGGCUCUACUUACAGGAGAACAAGAGGCUAUCGGAAGAUUUCUGGGGACACUUGUAGUGGAGGAGACGUUGAAACACGACUGGAAGGAGAACUGGUCCCGUGUCCCUUGGCAGAGGAGAACGAAUUCAUCCUGUACGCCAUGCGCAAGUCCAUCCACCGCUAUGACCUGGCCUCGGGAGCCACGGAGCAGUUGCCUCUCACCGGGCUGCGGGCCGCGGUCGCCCUGGACUUUGACUAUGAGCACAACUGCUUGUACUGGUCUGACCUGGCCUUGGACACCAUCCAGCGUCUCUGUUUGAAUGGGAGUACAGGGCAAGAGGUGAUCAUCAGUUCUGGCUUGGAGACUGUAGAAGCCUUGGCUUUUGAACCCCUCAGCCAGUUACUUUAUUGGGUGGACUCUGGCUUUAAAAAGAUCGAGGUAGCUAAUCCAGAUGGUGACUUCCGACUCACGAUUGUUAACUCCUCUGUGCUCGACCGGCCCAGGGCUCUGGUCCUCCUGCCCCAGGACGGGGUGAUGUUCUGGACCGACUGGGGAGAUCUGAAGCCGGGAAUUUAUCGGAGCAAUAUGGAUGGCACUGCUGUCCAUUGUCUUGUGUCAGAGGAUGUGAAGUGGCCCAAUGGCAUCUCUGUGGAUGACCAGUGGAUCUACUGGACAGAUGCCUACCUGGACUGCAUUGAGCGGAUCACUUUUGAUGGCCAGCAGCGCUCGAUCAUCCUGGACAACCUCCCCCACCCCUACGCCAUUGCUGUCUUUAAGAAUGAGAUCUACUGGGAUGACUGGUCGCAGCUCAGCAUCUUCCGAGCUUCCAAACACAGCGGCUCCCAGAUGGCGGUUCUCGCGAGUCAGCUCACAGGGCUGAUGGACAUGAAGAUUUUCUACAAGGGCAAGACGAUGGGAAGCAAUGCCUGUGUGUCCAGGCCGUGCAGCCUGCUAUGCCUGCCAAGGGCCAACAACAGUAGAAGCUGCCGGUGUCCAGAUGGUGUCGCCAGCAGCGUCCUCCCGUCCGGGGACCUGAUGUGUGAGUGCCCUCAGGGCUACCAGCGAGAGAACAACACCUGCGUCAAAGAAGAGAACACCUGUCUCCGUAACCAGUAUCGCUGCAGCAACGGGAACUGUAUCAACAGCAUCUGGUGGUGCGACUUUGACAAUGACUGCGGUGACAUGAGCGACGAGAGAAACUGCCCUACUACCGUUUGUGAUCUGGACACCCAGUUCCGCUGCCAGGAGUCCGGGACCUGCAUCCCACUCUCCUACAAAUGUGACCUCGAGGAUGACUGUGGAGACAACAGCGAUGAAACUCACUGUGAAAUGCACCAGUGCCGGAGCGACGAGUACAGCUGCAGCUCCGGUAUGUGCAUCCGCUCCUCCUGGGUGUGUGAUGGGGACAACGACUGCAGGGACUGGUCUGAUGAAGCCAACUGUACCGCCAUCUAUCACACGUGCGAGGCCUCCAACUUCCAAUGCCGCAACGGGCACUGUAUCCCCCAGCGGUGGGCUUGCGACGGUGACAUGGAUUGCCAGGACGGUUCUGACGAGGACCCAGUGAACUGCGAGAAGAAGUGCAAUGGAUUCCGCUGCCCGAAUGGCACAUGCAUCCCGUCCAGCAAGCACUGUGACGGUCUGCGGGACUGCUCGGAUGGUGCGGACGAGCAGCACUGCGAGCCCCUGUGCACACGCUUCAUGGACUUUGUGUGCAAGAACCACCAGCAAUGCCUCUUCCACUCCAUGGUGUGUGACGGGAUCGUCCAGUGCCGCGACGGCUCAGACGAGGAUGCGGCGUUCGCAGGAUGCUCCCAAGACCCCGAGUUCCACAAGGUUUGUGAUGAGUUCAGUUUCCAGUGCCAGAAUGGAGUGUGCAUCAGCUUGAUUUGGAAAUGCGACGGCAUGGAUGACUGCGGCGACUACUCCGACGAAGCCAGCUGCGAAAACCCCACAGAAGCCCCGAACUGCUCCCACUACUUCCAGUUCCAGUGUGACAAUGGCCACUGCAUCCCCAACAGGUGGAAAUGUGACAGGGAGAACGACUGUGGCGACUGGUCUGAUGAGAGGGACUGCGGAGAUUCACAUAUUCUUCCGUCCCCCACUCCCGGGCCUUCUACGUGUCUGCCCAAUUACUACCGCUGCAGCAGCGGGGCGUGCGUGAUGGACAGCUGGGUGUGCGAUGGGUACCGGGAUUGUGCAGACGGCUCGGAUGAAGAAGCCUGCCCCUCGCCGGCAAAUGUCACGACUGCCUCUGUCCCCACUCACCAUGGGCGCUGUGACCGAUUUGAAUUCGAGUGUCACCAACCAAAGAAGUGUAUCCCCAACUGGAAACGCUGUGACGGCCACCAAGAUUGCCAGGACGGCCAGGACGAGGCCAACUGUCCCACACACAGCACCUUGACCUGUAUGAGCACGGAGUUCAAAUGCGAGGACGGCGAGGCGUGCAUCGUACUCUCUGAGCGCUGUGAUGGCUUCCUGGACUGCUCGGACGAGAGUGACGAGAGGGCCUGCAGCGAUGAACUAACUGUAUAUAAAGUACAGAAUCUUCAGUGGACGGCCGACUUCUCUGGAGACGUAACGUUGACCUGGACUCGGCCCAAGAAAAUGCCCUCUGCUGCUUGUGUCUAUAACGUGUACUACAGGGUUGUUGGAGAGGGCAUUUGGAAGACCGUGGAGACCCACAGCAAUAAAACCAACACCAUAUUAAAAGUCUUGAAGCCAGACACCACGUAUCAGGUCAAAGUGCAGGUCCAGUGUCUCAGCAAAGUGCAUAACACCAACGACUUCGUGACUCUGCGGACGCCAGAAGGACUGCCAGACGCCCCCCAAAAUCUCCAGCUAUCACUCCGCAGGGAAGAGGAAGGUGUGAUUGUGGCCCACUGGAUUCCUCCCACCCACACCCAUGGCCUCAUUCGAGAGUACAUCGUGGAAUACAGCAGGAGUGGUUCCAAGAUGUGGGCCUCCCAGAGGGCUGCUAGUAACUUUACGGAAAUAAAGAAUUUACUGGUCAACGCUCCAUACACUGUCAGAGUGGCUGCGGUGACUAGCCGUGGAGUAGGAAACUGGAGCGAUUCUAAAUCCAUUACCACCGUCAAAGGAAAAGUGAUCCCACCACCAGAUAUCCACAUCGACAGCUACAGUGAGAAUUCUCUGAGCUUCACCUUGACCGUGGAGAGUGACAUCAAGGUGAACGGCUAUGUGGUGAACCUUUUCUGGGCAUUUGACACCCACAAACAAGAGAAGAGAACUUUGAACUUCCGGGGGAGCAUCUUGUCCCACAAAGUUGCCAAUCUGACUGCUCAUACGUCCUAUGAGAUUUCUGCCUGGGCCAAGACUGACUUAGGGGAUAGUCCUCUGGCAUUUGAGCAUGUCACAACCAAAGGAGUCCGCCCACCUGCUCCUAGCCUCAAAGCCAAGGCCAUCAAUCAAACCGCAGUGGAAUGUACCUGGACUGGCCCCAGGAAUGUGGUUUAUGGUAUCUUCUAUGCUACGUCGUUCCUUGACCUGUAUCGCAAUCCGAAGAGCUUGACUACUUCCUUGCACAACAAAACAGUCAUUGUCAGUAGGGACGAGCAGUAUUUAUUUCUGGUCCGGGUGGUGGUGCCCUACCAAGGGCCGUCCUCUGACUACGUUGUGGUGAGGAUGAUCCCAGACAGCAGGCUCCCACCUCGUCACCUGCAUGCGGUUCAUAUCGGCAAAACCUCAGCUGUCAUCAAGUGGGAAUCCCCAUAUGAUUCUCCUGACCAGGACCUGUUAUAUGCAGUUGCUGUCAAAGAUCUAAUACGAAAGAGUGACAGAAGCUAUAAAAUAAAAACCCGCAACAGUACUGUGGAAUACACCCUUUCCAAGUUGGAACCUGGAGGGAAAUACCACAUCGUCGUCCAGCUGGGGAACAUGAGCAAAGAUUCCAGUAUAAAAAUCACCACAGUUUCAUUAUCCGCACCUGAUGCCUUAAAAAUCAUAACAGAAAAUGACCACGUUCUUCUGUUUUGGAAAAGUCUAGCUUUGAAGGAAAAGCAUUUUAAUGAAAGCAGGGGCUAUGAGAUACACAUGUUUGAUAGUGCCAUGAAUAUCUCCGCUUACCUUGGGAACACUACUGACAAUUUCUUUAAAAUUUCCAACCUGAAAUUGGGGCAUAAUUACACUUUCACUGUGCAAGCGAGAUGUCUUUUUGGCAGCCAGAUUUGUGGGGAGCCCGCUGUCCUGCUGUACGAUGAGCUGGGGUCCGGUGGGGAUGCGUCAGCAUUCCAGGCUGCCAGAUCCACCGAUGUUGCCGCCGUAGCCGUGCCCAUCUUGUUCCUGACCCUGCUGAGCCUGGGGGUCGGCUUUGCCAUCCUGUACACGAAGCAUCGGAGGCUGCAGAACAGCUUCACGGCUUUUGCCAACAGCCACUACAGCUCCAGGCUGGGCUCGGCCGUCUUCUCCUCGGGGGAUGACCUGGGGGAGGAUGAUGAAGAUGCUCCUAUGAUAACUGGAUUUUCCGACGACGUCCCCAUGGUGAUAGCCUGAAAGAUCUCCUCACUAGAAACCAAAUGGUGUAAAUAUUUUAUUUGAUAAAGAUAGUUGAUGGUUUAUUUUAAAAGAUGCACUUUGAGUUGCAAUAUGUUAUUUUUAUAUGGGCCAAAAACAAAACAAAAGCAAAAAAAAAAGGAAAGAAAGGAAUGAAUAAACUUUGUAGUAAUCAACUGUGAACUUCAAACCAGGUUGAUUUUAGUAACCAAAUUGCUUUGAUUUCGUAUUAAUGUAGUCUUACAGGGCUGUGCUUGCUGGGCAUGCUUUUAAGUCUGUGAGAUAAUUUUGGUUCAAUAAAUUGGCCGUUCUUUUUAUUUUUCUAAGAAACAGAAAUGUAUUUAAUAAAAACUUCAAGAGAGGGUGAUGGGUGGAAUCCCUUCCAGCCCCCCCCCCCAUUGAAAGUGUGCUCAAAUUUUAAAAUUUGUUUGGAUUUAGUUUAUAUGAAAGUGUUUGUGUGUAUUGUGGGGGAAGGUUCUUUUCUGUAAUUUUGUUAAUUUAUUGGGACUCUGUAUAAGGCAAGGCUUUCGUGGUCUUCCAACUCUGCACGUUUCGAGGGGUUGCAGGGUUGAGGGAUGGGGAACAGAAGCAGUCUUGUUGCCAUUCCGGAAACCGUCCGUUUUUAGGCACUCGUGUGUCACAUAAUGGUCUUUGGCAGGAGAGCACAUUGAAUCAUUGCUCGGUUUCCGUUCAACAGAGCUGCAUCAGGAAGCCCUGCAAGCAACAGCUUCUUCCCUUACGUUAAUGGAUGGAAUCUUACCGUCUACGCCUCUGCACAAGACCUAGCUCUCCAUGCUACAUGAUGAGAACACUGCUUUAUUAUACACUGGGCUUGUGGCCAUCGCAACAAGUGACUCUGCUUGUGGGAGAGUUCUAGGUCUGUGCCACCAGAGAUACACUGGCAGAUAGAGCACCUAAUUUGUCCUUUGCAGAUACUUUGUUUUUCCUUACCACUGAAGAAUCUCGAAUGUAAAGUUUAUUUUUUUUUAAAGAUAUUUUUUUUGGGUGGGGUGGAGAGAGCAAGUGAGAGAGCACAAGCAGGGGGAGUGGCAGAGGGAGACAGGGAGCCUGAUGCGGGACUCGAUCCCAGGACUGAGAUCCUGACCUGAGCCGAAGGCAGACGCUUCACCGGCUGAGUCACCCAGGUGCCCCUCGAAUGUAAAGUUUUGUAUUUGUGUUGAGGUGGCCGCUUACUGUCUUUAAAACUCUAUACCUGAUAUAUGCAGUCAUUUUGAAUUGGGUCAGUGCCUUCUCUUUUUUUUUUUCUUUCCUUCCACCUCCUUCCCCCGCACCCCUGCUCAGUUUAAAGAGUGCUGUUCACUCCGACAGAGAUCCAGGAGAUGGACGAAUUUGAGGCCAUUCUGUCCGACUUACAGUCGCAGCGACACUAGAGCUUAUUCUGUCACACAAGCUGAGCUUUUAUUCCUUAUGCCUUUAAAUGCCACCCCGGUAUUCAAAUCAUGGCCACUUGAUAGGUACGUGGAAUCCAUCAUGGACUGAUGCCUGCCCUUUAGACUUCGAGACAUAGACACCGACGUCCAGCGCCGUUGUGACUCCUGCUAUAUGAGCCUCACUGCAGAACUUCUCAGCUGAGAAGCAGGGAGCUCGGGGGAUAUUCCAAAGUCAUGUUUCCGAGUAUGUGUCCUUUACAUGCAAGCUUUGUAAAGACCCCAUGUCCUCUGAGAGGCACCACAUCACCUUCUCACAAGUAUUUGCUUUCUUUUAACCAAAAGUAUCAUUCUUGGGUGAAGAAUAUAGUUUCGCUCUUAUCUAGUGAUUGUCUGGGAAACAAAGAGCCAAUUAAACUUUUUAGUUUUAAAAAUUUUAAUUUAUAUAUAUAUAUUUUAAAUGAGGAGUAUUUUCAACUGUAGACAUGUAGUGUGUCUUGUGGGUAAGGCUCCGUUUUAUUUUACCAAGCAGUGGUCGUGAUGAGCCUCCUUCCAGCCUUUUUUCCCCUUCUUCUGCUCUCUUUCCUUUGUGACUUUUGUAAAGAAUGGAAUUUCUUUGGCUUUAUCUUGUCUUGGGGUUUUGUUCCAAACUCCAAGCGCCACCCCCCACCCCCACCCCUUUAGUAAAGCUCUUUAAGUAGCUGAAAGAUUAACAGUCUGGUGGGAGGCCAGUCAUUCCAUUGAACCACUGGAAAGUAUAUUUUCUUCUUUUCUUUUCCUGCCAACUUCUUGUUGGCGUUCGUAAAAGCUAAUCUAAAGGCUCUGAGACUUUGUUUUCCGUUUUCCGCGGGCAAGCCUUUCUGCAGAGCCUGUGUCUCCAGUCGGCAACUGGAGACACUUCUGAGCAUCCAGUUCUUGUUACCAGUGCCUCCCAACGCUUGGUGCACCGUACUGUAUAGACUGGCCAUCACCCCUCUCCUCGGAAAACGCCACUGUGCUGUUGGAGAAAAAGCAGCCUUUUCGGGCUAGAGUAUUUUCUAUAUACACAGAAGAGCUACGUUUCUGAAGACUAAGCUAGGUAGAUGCAGCUACAU